AUGCAGCGCCGCGCAGUUAAGCCUGAAAAUCAACUAGCUGGAGGGUUCCCUACAGUCGAAACACACUCAAAACUCCGAUACCCAUAUCGACUUAAUUUCUACGAUGACCCGCCGCUGUGCAACGUCACUCUUGAAGAGUUUGAAACUUGGGGAAUUCAACGACUACGUGUGCUGGCCGAAAUCGAGUCCUGCAAUGUCAGGAACCGUACAUUCGAGGACACAAAACUGGUGGCUCUCGCCCAAUCAAAGAAACAUCUCCCUUUGAACAGCACAAGUGCUAUAGGGAUGGACCGUGAUCUCGAGCGAAAAAGAGAUCACGUCUCUCAUUUCGUUUUGCGACUGGCGUUCUGUCAUUCCGAGGAGUUAAGGCGUAGGUUUGUCAAAGCUGAAACGACUUUGUUCAAGAUACGCUGGGAAUCCGAUGAUACAACGGAACGUGGGAGGUUUAUCAACUCACUUGAUCUGGGAAUGACAUCAGUCCCUACUGAGGAGGUUGUGGAGAUGCAGCCCAUCUUGCAAGCAGCGUCCGGAGCCAAGCCGCCUAAAAAUGACCAAGCAUUACCCGAAUACUUCAAAGUUCAUUGGACCCGCGUUACAGAUCUAGUUGCAGCCCGAAAAGUAUAUCUGCGAGGAGGCUACGCGUAUGUGCCUUCAAAGGACCAGAAUAGCAUAGUUUUCCAGGAGUUUGCUUCCCGGUUAGAACGGGCGUUAGAGCAAACUUCUCGCGCGGUUCCACGCCUUGACGAAGAUGACCGCCUCCUCCCCCUAUUACAACAUCUGGCGCAAUCUUUUCUCAACGGCAUUGCAUCAUCUUCUGCUGCCUCAUUCGCUGACGAGAAUGGCGAAUUGGUACGAGCGGAGCAAGUCGAUGAACUUGCCGCACGGCACUUCCCGGCCUGCAUGCGGAAUCUUCACGACUCUCUGCGUAAGGAUCACCAUCUGCGACAUCACGGUCGACUUCAAUAUGGGCUAUUCCUAAAGGUAUGUCAAAUAGCCUGGUCUGUCGGGCCGUACAAACACUUGAUUGACGUACACAUGCGACGUGUCCGGGAUCUACGUGCUGCUAAGGCUAUUGGUAUGUCCAUUGACGAAGCACUUACCUUUUGGCGCCGGGGGUUCCAAGGCGGGAAAAUUACCGACGACAAAUUCGCCAAAGAAUACCGGUACAACAUCCGCCACAGCUAUGGUCUCGAAGGCCGUCGCAUGAACUAUCCCGCCAAAAACCCCUAUCCACCAGUUAUUACUCAUGAUCGCUCACACCUGUUCACCUCGUUGCACCAUGACCUUGCCUAUCACCGCGCCUCCACAUAUCAACACAUCGGUCCGCACCCCGACCCCUCUGAACCUUCUAUCAUCGAUGCUAGUUGUGUGCGCAUCAUUACCAACGACGAACCUUCAUCCCUCGACAACCAUGGUUGUCCGUUCCGACACUUUUCUUCACAGAAUCUGACUGCCAUGCUCGAGCGAUCGUAUCGUAUCACUUUACCAGCCGAACAAGCAGAGAUUAUCAAGCUCGUCCAAGGCCAUCAUUACCAGAUCGCAUGUACUCGUGUAUUUGAAUACACGCAUCGCAAGGCGGGAAUGAAAAACGGCGAUGGCCUGGAUAGUCAGGGCGAAACGGUUGAUCACCCUAACCGAUAUUUCACCCGCAGUCGGGAGCUUUUCAAGUCGAUGGACAAGGAGAAAGAUAACAUGGACGUCGACUCCAAACCACCAAUUAAGGGUGAAUUGGAAUAA